UCGGUUUUUGCUUUAGUUGAGAGAAAAUCGUCGCUUAGUUAACGUCGCCCAAGAACUGAUCAUCUGGCCAGUGCAGCGCAAACGCCCCGAAUAUACGAGACCAAGUCCAGACCCAAAAUCCAAAUCUAAAUCCGAGUCGGAAUCGAAUCGAAACCAAGUUAAAGCCACCCGAUCGGAAGAAAUCGUCUGCGCUAAAAGAAGAUGGCCCAACCACAGCUGCUGCAAGUGAAAUUGUCACGUUUCGAUGCCCAGCCCUGGGGAUUCCGCCUGCAGGGUGGCACGGAUUUUGCCCAGCCCCUGCUGGUGCAGAAGGUUAACGCUGGCAGCUUGUCUGAGCAGGCUGGCCUGCAGCCCGGCGAUGCCGUGAUCAAGAUCAAUGACGUGGAUGUCUUCAAUCUAAGGCACAAGGACGCCCAGGAUAUUGUGGUGCGCUCCGGCAACAAUUUUGUCAUCACAGUGCAGCGCGGUGGUUCCACCUGGCGGCCGCAUGUGACGCCCACGGGCAAUGUGCCGCAGCCCAACUCGCCGUAUCUGCAGACGGUGACGAAGACCUCUCUGGCUCAUCAACAACAGGACAGCCAGCACAUCGGCUGUGGCUACAACAACGCGGCCCGUCCCUUCACCAACGGCGGCGAUGGCGGCGUGAAGAGCAUUGUCAAUAAACAAUAUAACACCCCGGUUGGCAUUUACAGCGAUGAAUCUAUUGCGGAAACACUCUCGGCUCAGGCGGAGGUUUUGGCUGGCGGUGUGCUCGGCGUCAACUUCAAGAAGAACGAGAAGGAAUACCAGGGCGAUCGCUCCGAGGUCCUGAAGUUCCUGCGCGAAGAGGAGACCGGCCAGUCCACUCCAGCAUUCGGCAACUAUGAGCAUGAUGCACCACAACAACAAUAUCAGGCACCACCACAACAACAACAACAGCAACAGCAAUACAAUCAACAACACUAUCACCAGCAACACCAACACCAGCAACAAUCGAGCGCCACUCGCCAUGUCAGCGCCCCCGUGAACACCCCCAAGCCCCCGAGCACCGGCGGACUUCCAACUGGCCAGAACAUUUGCACCGAAUGCGAGCGCCUCAUUACUGGCGUUUUCGUCCGCAUCAAGGACAAGAACCUGCACGUGGAGUGCUUCAAGUGCGCCACCUGCGGCACCUCGCUGAAGAACCAGGGCUACUACAACUUCAACAACAAGCUGUAUUGCGACAUCCAUGCCAAACAGGCGGCCAUCAACAAUCCGCCCGCCGGCACCGAGGGCUAUGUCCCCGUACCCAUCAAGCCCAACACCAAGCUGAGCGCCAACACCAUCUCGUCGGCCUUGAACUCGCACGGCUAUGGCGGCGGCUCCAAUGGCUACUCCAAUGGCAACUCCACCCCAGCCCCGGCACCGGUAAACCAGGGCUAUGCUCGUCCCUUCGGAGCUGCCGCUCCCAAGUCGCCGGUGUCGUACCCACCGCAGCAGCAGCAGCAGUCGCCGCGUCCCGCUCCCGGUGGCCAGAAUCCCUAUGCCACCCUGCCUCGCAGCAAUGCUGGCCAACAAGUCCCACCUGCCACUUCGACCGCUUAUGCACCUACUCAGGCUCCAACUCAGGCUCCAACUCAAGCUCCUGCACCAGCUCCUGCUCCCGCACCAGCUCCUGCUCCUGCACCCCUUCGCACACCAGCUAUCGCUGUAUAUAGUAGCCAGCAGAGCAGCAAGUUCGAUGCCCACGAGCUGAUCGAGGAGACCGUCGAAGAGCUCGAGCACUCGGAGGUCCUGUUCCCGCCGCCUUCCCCGCUAAGCCACCUGACCAAACAUGGCAAAGCCGUACAGUCCGGCCUCCACAAGGCGGACAGCAUCCCCAAAUAUCAGCGCAAUUGGACGGUGCUGCCCACCCAGAGUCCCAUUCGCACCCCGGAGCCGCAGGAGCUGCGCGAGAACGUACCACUGGCAUUUGUGGACGCCCCGAAGGCUCCAGUGACCAGCGAUUCCUCCACUGUACAUAGACCCAUUGCCAUAGUCCAGGUUGCUGCGCCGACAGCUGCGACGGCUCCAGCUCCGGCUCCUGCGCGACCGCAGCUGUCGGUGCCCAUUAUUGUCGAGGAUCGAUCGGGUCCAGUAACGAUGGCUUUCCAACCGCUAGACGAGUUCGUGCGCCCGGACCAGGCCCAGACGCCCACCAGGCCGUAUACGCCCUCGCUGACCAACAAACCGGCGCCCAUUGUGCCUUUUUACCAGACGGAGGAGAAGCUCUGCUUUGACGAGUGCCCGGCCACCCAUGCCAGGGAUUAUGACCAGGGGGCGGCCUCGCCUUUUCUGGACAGAGCUCGUUCUCCGGCACCAGGACCGCCACCAAACCCACUCUCUGCCAUUCGUGCGCCCAGGAUGAAGGAACCAGAGCCGGCUACAUCGAAUCUGCUGUCUGUUUCAGGAGCUCCGCGUCUGCAAACGGGAUCAAUAACCACCGGUCAGAGUUACCAGGGUCAGCUCUUGGCACACUCAGAGCAAAGCUCGCAGUCGGCCAGCCAGAGCUUUAACCAGCAGCCGGAGAGGAUCACAGAGCAGAGGAUCGGCAAUAUGAGUGUCCAGCAGAGGGAGCAGUCCUCCCAGCUGCAGCAGCAAUCGCAGUCGCAGUUGCAGAGCCAGACGCGCAGCCAGGUGGGCAAUAUGCAGAUCGAGAGACGCCGCAAGGUCACCGAGGAGUUUGAGCGCACGCAGAGUGCCAAGACCAUAGAGAUACGCACUGGCACUCAGUCCGUGUGCCAGGCUCAGGCUCAAGCCCAGUCUCAAACCCAGUCGGACACGGAGCGUCGCUCUUCCUACGGCAAGACAGGUUUUGUGGCCAAUCAGGCAAGGCGUCUCUCUGGAUUGGAGCAGGAGAUCACUAGCCUGACCAGCCAGUCGCAGGCCAUCAGUGCCCGGGCUUCCACGCUGGGUGAAGGCUGCUUCCCUAAUCUUAGAUCGCCCACCUUUGACUCCAAGUUCCCGCUGAAGCCAGCUCCUGUGGAGUCUACAGUGCCCGGAUAUGGAGCAGCGCCAGCAGCCACCAGCAAGCUAGUGGCGCCUCCACCGGGAUUCAUCCUCCAGCAACAACAGCAGCAGCAACAGCAACAGAGAUCCGCCUUCUCCGGCUACCAGGCCACCACUUCAUCGGUGCAACAGAGCUCGUAUGCAAGCAGCACGAAAGCCACCUCCUCAUCGCUCUCAUCCUCAUCAGCAUCUGCUUCAGUCGCAUCAGCAUCCGUCGCGAGAUCGUCGCAAAGUCUAACCCAAGCUUCUGCUAUUACUACUACCACUAAUAACCAGGCCACAUCGGCCUUCAGGAGCGCCAAUGGCAGCAGCACUCAGCCUAAUCUGGCCUCGCGGCCAUCCAUCGCUUCCAUCACAGGUCCAGGAUCAGCUCCUGCCCCUGCGCCCGCUCCAGCUCCGGCUCCGGCUCCGGCUAGAGCUAUGGCUCCUCCAUACAAAGCGCCAAUUGCUCCGAAAUCGGUGAUAGCCAAUGCCGUGAAAGCUGCUGCUCCGCCCGCUGCGCCCGUUGCUUUUCCGCCAAAUCUAAGCGAUCUGAACUUGAACUCUAAUGUGGAUGAUUCUGCAGGUGCCGGUGGCAAGAGCGGUGGUGUCUUCGGUGCCACCUCGGCGCCCAAGCGCGGCAGGGGUAUCCUGAACAAGGCGGCCGGACCCGGUGUGCGUAUCCCACUAUGCAACAGCUGCAACGUGCAGAUCAGAGGACCCUUUAUCACGGCUUUGGGCAAGAUCUGGUGCCCGGAUCACUUCAUCUGCGUGAACGGCAACUGCCGUCGUCCCUUGCAGGAUAUUGGUUUCGUUGAGGAGAAAGGUGACCUGUACUGCGAGUACUGCUUUGAGAAGUACCUGGCGCCCACCUGCAGCAAGUGCGCUGGAAAGAUCAAGGGUGAUUGCCUGAAUGCCAUUGGCAAGCACUUCCAUCCGGAGUGCUUCACCUGCGGCCAGUGCGGCAAGAUCUUUGGCAACACGCCCUUCUUCCUAGAGGAUGGCAAUGCCUAUUGCGAGGCCGACUGGAACGAGCUGUUCACCACCAAGUGCUUUGCCUGCGGCUUCCCCGUGGAAGCAGGCGAUCGAUGGGUGGAGGCCCUUAACCACAACUAUCAUAGCCAAUGCUUCAACUGCACGUUCUGCAAACAGAACCUGGAGGGCCAGAGCUUCUACAACAAGGGCGGACGUCCCUUCUGCAAGAAUCAUGCACGCUAAGUCACCAGCAAGCUGAUAUUGUUUGACUUUCAGGGAUCACGCACACUUAACCAUCAACUAUCUUCACCAUCUAAGGAUACCAGCUCGCUUGCUCGUAUCUCAAGAGCUUAUAAUUGCAAUUGUCAGAGUGAAUAAUGCGUAAUUAUUAUUAUUUUCUAUUUGUUUUUUGAAUUGUGCCCACAAAUAUGUUAUCCUAAUUUUAAAUAAUCAACGAAUCACAGUCUCAAACAAAAAAUUGUAAAACUGCAACAAAAAACGACACGAAAUCGAAUUAGCUAGCAAAUUACACAUCAUACACACAUAUUAUAUUAUUUAUUUGAAGCAUCAUAACCGCCGAAAUAUAUCGAUCCCACGCCUAAAUAUUGUAUGUACUGUGGGCCAGAGUUGAUUUACCUGAGCCUUGAGCAAGAGGAAAACUAAAGGUUGCUUAAAUACUAUUAUUAUUUCUAAAUUUUAUGUUGUAAAUUAUCCAUAAUCUGAUUGUAAACGAGUGUAAAUUGUAAAUGAUCAUCAGCAAAGUGAAUAAAUUUCGAAAUCUUUAACGCGUUUAA